CGUUGUCGUCCUGUCGUCCUGGCCUGUCGCUCACUCAAAGAAACAAUUAAAGUGCAGACCGCAAGGCGGAAGGAAGUGCAUACCACAAGUGUUUCCCCCUCGCUCCCUGCCUCCCUUCAAGUUGCAUGCCAGCAGUUGCAACUUGCAACAAAGUUUUUAGCCCAACCCAGUCCCCUGUUCUUGUGUCUCUGCCCCAAACCGUUCUUGUGCUCCUGCCUCCAACCCCGAUGUUGGUAAAAUGAAAACAGAAAACUUCUUCAAGUACGGCGCUCCUUUGUACAAUUUGAAAAGUACUCGGACUCACUCGCAGAACCAACCGCAAGCGAGUGGCAUCGGUAACAGCCACGGAACAGGCCACCACCACCUGACAACUGACGACCUGCGUCAUCUCACCCAGCAGCACCGCAUCUCUGGGUACUCGGACAGGGAGAGCGUCGCCAGUGGCAGCAGUGCUGGUGGCAGGAUUAGGAGGCGAUCGAGAAACUUCUCGAUGAAGUCCUCGAAGGGGGGCAUUACCAAGAAGACCAAGACCAUGGAUUACACCAACUACGCCUACAAUGAGGCUGUGGGACGUCUCAAGGUAAUGCUGGCCGACAACUCCUAUACCCCACCCAAGGUCGGAGGCAGUGCAGCCGCCUAUUUGCGCAACUUCAAUGAGGAUUCCGGGGACAAUUUUUCGGAUAAUCUAUCGGUGAUUGAGCGUCCGGUAUUUUCGGACAUUUCCAAGUACUUGUCGCCCAGCCAGAAGUCUCGGAUGAGCUCGUACCGUCCCAAGAAAACUUAUGGCAUGCAACCUAUGGGCUAUGGCAUGUCCGUCUCCAAGGAGAACCUGUCCUCCAUGGCGGCGCUCUAUACGGGCAGCAGUGUCCCUCAACCUGCUCAACCUCCUCCGCCACUGGCCACGGACAGUGUCCAGGCCCCGGUGGAGAUUUUCAGCUUCAUUGAGAAGCAGGAGGACUACAUCGAGCAGCUGGAGAAGGAGUCGAAGUACUGUCGCAACGAGCUGACCAAUCUCUUGGGCAAGGUGAAGGAUGUGAUCAACGAGAAUGAACAGAUCACGGAGAAUGCACGCUCGGAGCUGGCAAAUAUGGGUUCUGGAAAGUCGGGUAUGGCCCAAACUGCGGUCACGACCAGUCCGUCAUCCGACAGCGAUGAGCACCUGAUAUAUGGCAGCGGCCGUAAAACUCCGACCACCCCAAGGAAGGGCAAUCUCAAGGUGCAGAGUCCACGGUAUGCUAGUGCCCCCAAUAUCGUGUACGAGGCUCGCAUUAGCGAACUGGAGGCAGAGCUGAUGCAGGCCAACAUCGACCUGAAGCGCGUGAGGACUGAGAACGAGGAUCUCAAGCGGAAGCUGGCCCACACGGAUCCCAUCACGACGGUGGCCACUUUUGGCGGUGGCAACUGUGAAACCCAUCGCAAGCAGCUGGACUGCCUGCAGCAGGACAAGCUCACGCUGGAGGAGACUGUGCGCCACUUGCAGCGCAUGCUGGACGACGCCAAGGCCCAAGGCCAGGGCAGCACCACCUCCAAGCGCUACAUCAGCGAUCUGGUGCAGAUGGAACGCUCUCAGGCCGAGCUGGAGGUGCGUCACCUGCGCGACGAGCUGGAUCGUCAGCACGAGCGUGUCCGUGAGCUGCAACACGAAAUGGCCCGUCGCUUGGCCGAGGAGCGGGCCAGCGCAGAGAGGCGCUACAAUACCCAAGUAGACCAGCUGGGUGGCGAUCUGAGCAGCCAGUGGGAGCAGGUGACCAAGCUGCAGCUGGAGCUGGAGCGCCAGAAGCGGUACGAGACCGACCUCAAGAGGGACGUCACCAAUCGCAACUCGCAGAUCGAGGAGCUGAAGAACGAACUGAGGGCGAAUCGCACCAACUUCUUGGCGGACAUGGCUACCUCUAAUGCAGAGAAACAGUCCCUCGAACAGGAGAUCACUUCGCUGCGUCUCCAGUUGGAUCGGGCUGCCCGGGAGACCAAAACAGAGGCGGCUCGCCUCCAGGCGGAGAUCAAUUCUCUGCGUCAGCGCUUGGAUCGCGGGGAUGCGGAUCUGCUGCACUCGAAGCGGGAGGUUUUGCGACUCAACGAUGAGAUAGCCAAUCUGGAGAAGGAGCUAGCCUAUGGUGAACUGAAGAACGAAAUACGACCCACCAAGAAAGAUUUGGACAAGCGGAUCUCGGAAAUGCAGGAUAAGCAUGAACCAAUUUGCGAUCGUGUGAUGCCAGCAACAACCACAAACGUGCCCAUGACCACAACAACAACAGCAACCACAGUUACCACAGCGCCUACAACAAUCAGAGAAAACGCAAACGAGUUCAUUUUGCAGAUCCCUGACUUGGAAAUCCCAGAUCCAGAUGUUACGAGCCCCAUUCCAGAAGAUGUUGCUGAUGCCGAUGCUGCUACUGCUGCUGCUGCUCUCGAAGGCGAUGAGAUCCUGCAGAACAUAAUCAGAAGCAACGAACGCCUGGCCCAGGAGCUGGCCAAAAUGCCACCGCUGCCAAAGUUAUCCAGCUAUAAGAAGGCCAGAGCUGGAAGCAACUUUAAAGCGGAAAGAGGAAAAGCAGAGACAUUACCAUCAGCAACAGCAACAUCAGCGACAACAGCAACAUCGACAUUGGGCUCCAAGCCAAAAUGUUUUUGCCCCAGUUUUAUGCGACACAGGCACGAACAUGAGCACAUUUUUGCGAUGCCAGCAAUGCGCAGGCGCAACAGCAGCAGCAGCAGCAGUAGGCCAGCAGCAACAUCUACAGCUUCAUCGGCAACAUCGGCAGCCCCAUCUGCAACAUCAGCGAAAGCGCGUACACAAACUACACACAGCAAGAGCAUGCAUUGUCACGGCCACGAGUACACCCUAGACACGACGCACCACCAUCACCUUCACACCACGCAUCACGAGCACCACCAACAUCGCACCACCGAACCAGCAACAAUAUCAACGUCGACAGUGCGAGAGCAGCAGCAUCAACAGCAGUCGGCGGGCUGCUGUCAUCCAUGCAAAACGGAGCCGUUGCCUUGGUUGCAACAGCAUCUUGUUUUGAAUCAGACCAUCAGCAGUAGCAGUGCCAGUCCCUGUCAGGCCCCAUGUCAAACGCAGCAUUUGACGGUGGACACUGAUACUCUGGCCACAACUGCGGAAUCAUCAACAGCGGCAACAUCAACAGCCUGCAGAGGUCAGGGCAGCAAUGCCUUGAGUGCCAGCAUCAAGCCCAAGCUAUAUUUCGAGCAGUUGCUGCAACGCGAUGGCUGUCACAAGAAGCCCCGUCCACCAGUCAAAGUAGAUGUUAAUGUGCGACUGGUGCCCAAGCAGGCGCGACCCAAAGUCAGUCCUUCGCUGAAUGAGACAUUCGUCAAGGAGUUGAAUGAAGUGGCGCAGGCCCUCAACGAGACUUUUGUCAAGGAGACGCCCUCCCCGGAGUUGGCCCAGAUCGACAAGCAGCUGAAGGAGCUGGAGGAGGAAGAGGAUAGGAAUGUGGUUGAGGAGGAGCAGGAUGAGGACGAUGAGGAGCAAGAGCAGGCCACCAAACUUUGAUACGAGGAGAAGCAACAGCUACGUGCCACAAAUGAGCAGCUGAUGGCACGUCUCAGACAGAUCUGGGCCAAAUAUAAAUCACAAUUGCCACAAGUGCACAAUGGAACCCCCGAGCAGAGCUCUGAGGAGUCGAAAGAUGAGCACAGAUUAGAGAAAUUGCAGCCGCUUACGACUACCAGGCAGCGACAUAUGGCACAACAAUCGAACCCAUACAAAGCACCCCACAACUACACAACAGCGCCGACGAUGACUACAGCGGAGGAGGCGGAGGUAUUGGCAAUGGUGGAGGGGAGGCAGUUGCCACAGGAUCAGCUGCAGCUGCAGCAGUCACAACAACAACUCUUGCUGCUGGGGCAGUUGCAGCAACAGCAGCAGGAGCGCGAAAGAGCAGCAUCAGUAACGGCGGCGGUACUAAGGGACUCCUCUCCGACUAUGGACUCCAAGAUAACGAUGACGAGAAUCUUAAGGACAACCUUGGCCUGGGCGAGAAGCAGCAACAACAACAACAGGAGCAGGACAGGCAACGAGAACGCGAGGAGCGAGAUCGAGAGUUGCAACAGUUGCGGGAACAGCGAGAGAAACGCGACCGGGAGAGGGAACGUGAGCGGGAACGGGAACAGGCAGAGCAGCAGAAAGCAGAGCAACAGCAGCAACAGUCACUGCCACAACAGCAACAGCCACAGUUGCAACAACAGCCUCUCGUCGACAGCAGCAGCAUCUCGAAUGCCGGCAGCGCCAAUCUGGCCGCAUACAACACCGACUACAGUGCCUACGAUCAGCAGCAGUAUGAUGCGAGUGCCUACGAUCCGAAUGCCUACGCCCAGCAGCCCUACGAUGGCCAACAGUACGACUACGGGGAUGCCACGGCCGGAUACGAUUACAGUGCCGCCGACUACGGACAGUCUGGAUACCAGUAUGACUCCACGCCAGCAGCUGCCGCUACCAACCAGCCGCAGCCACAGCCCCAAUCGCAGCAGCCCCAAGCCCAGCCCCAGUAUCCGGCAACAGCUGCGACGCCUGCUCAGCGAGUCGCAACGGACUACAACCGAUCGCCACCGCCGCUGGCAGCGGCGCCCGUCACGGGGAUCACGUCCCCACCAGCAACAGGAGGCGGCCCUGCAGCAGCAGCAGCAGCAGCAGCAGGAGUCGGAGCGGUAUCCACCGCGAGCCGACCACAACCGCGCUCGAGCGGUGGAGCUGUGGGGCCAGGAGCUGGAUCCACAGUCGCCGGCAGCAAAUCCUCUCUGCCACAACAGUCUGCCCCGGCAGCCGCUAGCAAGAAGUAGCUGGAGUCCCGACCUGGAGGAUCCCCUGCUGCUGGAGUGCUCGAUCAGCAGCCCCAGCCUGAUGCGCUCCUCCAACGACGAGACCUGCUCCGAGCUGGCCGAUCUAAGUGAGACCUUUGUGGUGCUGCCGGAUGGCUCCGACGAGACCGUGUCGCCCGCCCAGACCACCAUCAUCACGGCCCGUCGAUCCAGCGCUCCGGCCAUAGUGCAACAACAGGAGGAGGACAUUGCCAACGCAACGGUCAUCAUAGAGCGCCAUCUAGAUGCCCAAGGAUAGGGAACAGCAGCACCAUGUUUUCUUCGAGCGACUCUUUCUUCAAUCAUAAAACGUACUCGUACUUCUACUCAUAUGUUUUCCAGCCUAACAAAUACAUAAAUAUUCCGUAUUUUUUGUAAUUACAACAAAUAAUUUUAAAUGCAAUAAAAAUUGAAUAUUCUGAA